AUGUUGCCCAAGAGCGGGACGCUGCGGCCUCUGAACGACGAGGGCUUCGAGUGGCCAAGCUUGUUCGACAUCAAGGAUUUUGUAACGUUCGGCGCGACGUUGGACCUUUGGACGGCCAAGUCGGGCGGCAAGGAUGUCAUCUGGAUCCCCGCCGACGCCUCGGCUUUGCAGCAGCGGCUCUCUUUUGUUGCGCAUUGUGGACCGAUAGGCCACCGUAGCAAGUUUGCGAAGAAGAUGCACCUGAAGCGGCUCUUUUGGCUUGAUCAACUGGACGUCAAGCUGACGGCCUUUAUGGAUCAGUGCUUGCUCUGCCCUCACGUGAAGGGUGGGCGCGUGAUUCAACGCCCGCCCAGCCAGCUCUGGUAUGCGUCUCGUCCCAACGAAGGCAUCCUCUUUGAUUUCCUCUAUUUGGGUGACUCGUUCAAGGGCUCCAAGUACGAGCUCGUGCUCAAAGACGACUUGACGCACUAUUGCGAGCUCGUGUGA